AUGCGCUCAAGCCUCGCACUCCGCGUGUCCGGCGUACGAUUAACUCUGUUCACCCGCGCCAACUGCGGACUCUGCAACGUGGCCAAAGCACGCAUCGACGAGUUCCAGAAGAAAUGUCCACGCCCAAUCAAUUACUCCGAAAUCGACAUUAUGGAUUCCGCACAGCAGAAAUGGAGGGAUGUCUAUGAAUUCGAUGUCCCCGUCCUACACGUGGACAGGGUUGCAGAUGGGACCAAUACCCAUCCCACGCUCGAGGCGGCGAAGAAGCUCAUGCAUCGCUUCACGGUCGAGGAGGUGGAGAGAGCCGCGGCCGAGGUGGAACAGACCUCAUCGUCGUGA